UAUCGACUUUAACCGUUUGUAGAUUAAAACGACGCCUAAUGUGAGAGGGAAGCGUACAAUUGGUUUAGGACGAAUUGUUCCAAUCUCCGUUGUUUGGCGGGCAAACCGGAGCGGAACACCGGCUUUUGUCUGUUUCGCCUUGACAAUAAAGAGCCGAUGUUACCGCUCGGUUGUUCAAAUUAUGGCACGAAUAAGGUGGCGGUGGGUCUUUUUCUGUGGCGCAAGUGAACGGGAAAUGUAGUAAGAGUCGGAUAAUGAUGUCAUACAAAGAUAGCCUCAGUCCCAUCAUAUUCGUCAUUCAUCCCACGGAUAUGAGUCGGCCGAUGUUCCAUCCACCACAUGCGUCUUUAUUUUGGGAACAACGUGCUAUUUACUACUUUUAUGUCUUUUAUCUCAUAUUAUUAACGCAAUGUCUUUAUUCCUGAUCAUGUACGUGUUACUUGAACGAAUUCCGCUCCCACGCGAGAAUAAUUUGAAACAUUUCUCGCCUCAUUUUAUUUAACUUGUCACAAACUAUUUUGUGGUUCAUUUAGCAAGUUGAUCACCAGAGAGGUUACUAAGGAGGAGAACUUGACCUUCACAGUUUGAGGUGGUUGCAGAUCUCACCCCAUGGGAAAAGGUUCCUGAUCCAUCUCAAAAGCAAGAACUUGGCUGAAAAUUGACCAGUUGAAGACUUGAUAUCUGCGGGGGACAUCAGGCCAUUUGUGGGCUUCAAAGACACAUCGUUCUUCCCUAGUCUUUUUAAGAGCAGUGCCCCACCUGAAGCAGGACCCAUCGCUGCCACUCUUCCCCUACCCCCACAUAAUCCUCCUGUAACGGUAUGGGUUUUCAGUCAGAUACUCUCCAAUCUGUCCUCCUCUUUCCAGUCCACCUUGUGGUGUGGCUCUACUCUGUCCUCUCCUUCCUACCAUGGUACUACAUCACUGGUGCUGGCCAGAAGAACACUAUGUCUAAGCGGGUCAAAGCCCGCUCCACGACCGGCCGUGCCGAGGGACCUUAUCGUUGUGUGGACCGCUUUGAGUCUCUGGCUAAAGAAGACCUGCCUGGCAAGGACACUCUAGAUAAGUUGUUCACGUUCGCUGUGGAACGCUUUGGAGAUUCGCCUUGUCUUGGCACCAGAGAGUUGCUGAGUGAAGAAAACGAGAAACAGCCCAAUGGGAAGAUUUUUAAAAAACUGAUUCUUGGUGAUUAUAAAUGGCUGUCCUACAAUCAAGUUAACUCCCUGGUCAAUCAGUUUGGAAGAGGAUUGGCAGCUCUUGGCCAGGAACCCAAAAGUACCAUUGCAAUCUUUUGCGAGACCAGAGCAGAGUGGAUGAUCACCGCCCAAACGUGCUUUCGACAUAAUUUCCCAUUGGUGACAUUCUAUGCAACAUUGGGAGAAGAGGCAAUUGCCUUUGGACUAAAUGAAACUGGAGUUUCACAUCUUGUUACUAGUGCGGAGCUGCUAGAGACCAAACUAAAAAAUGUCCUUCCGAGUAUCCCAAAACUGAAACACAUAAUCUAUGUGGACCAGAAAAAAGUGAACAAUGAGGGCUACCCUGCAGGACUCUCCAUCCACAGCAUGCAAGCAGUGCAAGAUCUGGGCGCACUGCCUGAAAAUAUGGGACAAGAACUUGUGAAGCCACAGCCCACUGACCUGGCUGUGAUUAUGUACACCAGCGGCUCCACUGGGCGUCCCAAAGGUGUCGUAAUUGUCCACAGUAAUUUGAUUGCCGGGAUGACGGGCCAGUGUGAACGCAUUCCAGGACUCGGCCCUAAGGAUAUUUACAUCGGCUACCUGCCUCUGGCUCAUGUGCUGGAAAUGACCGCAGAGAUCAGCUGUGUCACAUAUGGAUGUCCGAUUGGCUACUCUUCCCCUCACACACUGUCAGAUCAGUCCUCCAAAAUAAAGAGAGGAAGCAAGGGAGACUCAACUGUGCUAAAACCUACACUGAUGGCAGCUGUUCCGGAAAUUUUGGAUCGCAUCAACAAGAACGUGAUGAGCAAAGUGCAAGAGAUGAGCUAUGUUCAGAAGAUGCUUUUCAACAUGGGCUACCGCUACAAACUUAAGCAGAUCAUGAGAGGCUACGAUGCACCACUUUGCAAUGCCCUGUUGUUCACCAAAGUGAAGAAGCUGCUGGGCGGGCGAGUGCGGUUGAUGCUGUCGGGAGGAGCGCCUCUGUCCGCAGCGACCCAGAGGUUCAUGAAUGUGUGCUUCUGUUGCCCUGUCGGCCAAGGUUAUGGCCUCACUGAAACCUGUGGUGCAGGCACCAUCACUGAGGUUGCAGACAACAGCACCGGCCGUGUAGGAGCGCCACUUAUUUGCUGUGAGGUCAGACUGCGAGACUGGGCUGAAGGUGGCUACACCAGCAAAGACAAGCCCAACCCAAGAGGCGAGAUACUAAUUGGCGGCCCCAAUGUGACCAUGGGCUACUACAAGUACGAGAGCAAAGAUGAGGAUUUUUUUGUGGAUGAGAAGGGUCAAAGAUGGUUUUGCACCGGAGACGUUGGCGAGGUUCACCCGGAUGGCUGUCUGCAAAUAGUUGAUCGUAAGAAAGACCUGGUCAAACUUCAGGCGGGAGAGUAUGUGUCUCUCGGCAAGGUGGAGUCCGCCCUGAAGAACAGCUCCCUUAUAGACAACAUCUGCGUUUACGCAAACAGCGACCAGAACUACAUUAUCAGCUUUGUGGUUCCUAACCAGAAGAAACUAAUGGAACUGGCCAAGCAAGGAGGAUUGCUCGCACCUUGGGAGGAAAUCUGCACUAAUCCCAAAAUGGAGACAGAGGUCUUGAGGGAGAUCAAGGAGGUUGCUGCUAAAAUUAAACUGCAGCGCUUUGAAAUUCCCACGAAAGUCCAUCUGAGCCCGGAACCAUGGACACCUGAAACCGGUCUGGUCACAGAUGCAUUUAAGCUGAAGCGCAAAGAGCUGAAGAACCACUAUCGUCACCACAUAGAGAGAAUGUAUAGUGGCAAAUAACACCCACAUUCUCUCCCAAGAGGCUUUAUUUCCACUUGACCACUUUUAUUGCCUGUAAAUAGUUUCCUGUGAAUUCUGUGGGGUUCUGUCUUGUGGUCCAGAAGCACACAAUUGAAAACGAGCUGAACGUGGAAUUUGAAGCUGUCGAUCGAUAGCCUUCGAUCGUUAAAGAUGUGCAAGGAUAGCUGCUUUUUUGAAGGUUUUUUUUUCUCUUCGGUCACCCUUAAAGAAUCACUCCACUUGUCGCUAAAACUGUGCUGUUACAUUCAUGAACUUACUGAUCGUGAUGCUCUUUUUAUUAGUUGGAGUACUGAUGUUACUGUGCCUUGGGUCCGCAGCACUUACUGUAUGGCGUCGGCGGAAUUCCGCGUUUUGCUUAGUCGUCAAAUGGUUUCAACAGCCCUGUGAAACAUUUACAUGAAGAGUGAGGUCACCAACACCCCUAUCCAGAGAUAUGCUUGACACAACCUCGACUUAAUUUAUUCUGGCUAAUUGUAUUCAUGCUAUUUAUAUCAAAUAAUGCUGAAGAAAGACCAAAUGUGUAACCAUAAUGACUCAGGAACACCAGCAGCAGAUGUUUAUUCUUGGGACACUGCCAAAAGUGGGUUGUUUGCACUUGGAACAUGCUUGGUAGUAGCAGCUUCACUUUUAAAGGGGAAAAUGAUCAUGUUAAUAUCUUGAGUGUUUUAUAUGUACUGAACUCAUUUGUACACAAAGCACUCUGUUCUGAUCACAGGCCUUAUUGUUCAAGUUGUUUCUUGAAAAUAAAUACCUUUUUCAUAUGACUUCAUUAU